UACAUAUCCCAGAAUCCUCAGACAUUGUUUAUUUAGCCUGCACCCCGGCUGCUCUCUCUGAACAGGACUCUGCUCCACUGCCAGCUGUUAUUUAGUAAUAAUGCGCUGCUUACAUGCAUCGUUAAUUCUUUACUUCAAAAUGAAGUACACAUUCGGCUGAACCUGCGCCGAGAGCCGGAAGGAGCAGAACGGGAACAUGAAAUGGAGAUAACCCGGGUCAGACCGUCGCUGUAUGGAGAAAUCGCUCAUGGCCUCGGAUUCUGGACGGACCGGUCAGCGGUGCACGAGGCCGCCGCGCAGGGCCGAGCCCUGCAGCUGCAGCAGCUAAUUGAGGCGGGCGCUGCCGUAAACAUCGUUGCAGUGGACUCCAUCACUCCGCUGCACGAGGCCUGCAUACAGGGUCAAACCCAGUGCGUCAGGCUGCUGCUGGCCGCUGGUGCACAAGUGGAUGCCCGGAACAUCGAUGGAAGCACCCCGCUGUGUGAUGCCUGCGCAGCCGGGAGCUUGGAUUGUGUCAAGCUGCUGUUGGAGUACGGAGCAACCGUCAAUCCUCCACUCUUCACCUUCUCUCCUCUUCACGAGGCGUGCAUGGGAGGUAACUCAGACUGCGUUCAGCUGAUGAUCGAUCGAGGCGCCUUCAUGGAGGCUCACGACUGUCACUAUGGAACGCCGCUUCAUGUAGCGUGUGCCAGGCAACACUUCGACUGCGCCAAAGUGCUGCUCAUUGCAGGAGCAAACGUGAACGCUUCCAAGCUCCACGAGACGGCCCUUCACCACGCCGCUAAAACCAAGAGCACCGAUCUGAUAGAGCUGCUUGUGGAGUUCGGGGGGAGCGUUUUCGUUCGAGACAACCUGAACAAGAAGCCAAUCCACUACACCAGCGUGGGCUCUCCCUCCCACCUCUGCCUCGAGUUCUACGAAAAUACGCCCCUGAGCCUGCAGCAGCUCAGCAGAGUGGCUUUGAGGAGGACUCUCGGCACAAGAGCGCGCAAAGUCAUUUCGGAGCUGCUCUUGCCCAAGAGCAUCACAAGAUUCCUCUCCUACAUGAAGCCUCUUGUCAUUGAAAUAUGACCCCAUCUGACAGACUUAAGCGUAAAUCUGUGGAGGAUGCAAUGUGGCAGGCUGUUGAGAGAGCAAAAAAAAAAAAUCUGGACUGUAAAACUGGCCAGAUGUUUUAAAAACAGGCAGGCCGGUUGAAUCUAGAGUCUAAACACUCAAUUACCUUGUCUAAUUAACAAGUACAUCUCCUUAUUAAAGCAGUAUGAAACACAGAUUUCCGUUGUGUUGGCCAGUUCAGAUCUUUUCUUCAGAAAUGUGUAUGAAAUUACAGAAGAAGUCCUUGCACUUGUUACUACAGGCCACCUUCCUUCCAAUGUUACAGCUGUCGCCUGGAAUCUGGCGUUUCAUGUUUCUUGGAACUGCUUUCCAUCGAAACGAUUAGUUUGAAUCACGGCAGCACGGACUUUGGAGCACCACUACUCAUUUAGGUGGGGUGAAAUCUGUGUCUACUUCUCUGCUAAAUCAGAAAUAUAUUUGCUUGGGCAUCAUGGCGUACUGUGCUGACUUCUAGGAAACAAAAACUCUCUAUAGAGUCUUAUGUAGAGGCAAACAUUAUAUGUUUUCCUCUUUGUUCACUUUAUUUAACAUAUAUUCCAGUCCCCAAACAACCAAAAGACGAGGUUUUAAUACAGUGGAAUACAUACGUAGCUUUUUUUUUGUUUUUUCUGGAAGUUUUAUUAAAGUCUCUAAUGAUAAACUGACUCUAAACAAAUGUAUUGUUCCAUUAUUAAUUGUGUGUACUUGUAUAUAUUCUGUCACUAUAUUUAUUUUUUAUGUAAAUAUGUAAAUAUUUAUAAAUAAAGAGGUCAUACCUCUAUGAAGUUCA